CGUUUAGAACCGUUUUCUCAUUACAACACACACACACUUAAUCCAAUGUUUUGGGCGUAUAAUUAACAUGACGUAGCCAUGAGGGAAUUAUGAGUUGUAAAGUGAAAUUAAGUUGGCUAUCAUGAAGGUUGUUAACAAAAACAACUUAUCUGUUUACAAAAGUAGUAAAGAGUUGCAAGGAAGGGUUAUGUCACGCAUUGAAAAAAUUUAUUGGUUGUUUAAGAUAAAACCGAAGAUAGGGUUUGGAGACUGGAGACGCUAUGCAGGACACAACAAGUGGAGCAACAUCAAGCACAUCAAGGCGUCGAAGGACUCGCAGAAGGCGACAGUGUUCUCGAAGAUGAACAGGAUGCUGAGACUGGCCGUGCAAGAGGGCGGCAGCGCAGACCCCAGCCUCAACUCCAAGCUCCAGCAGGUGAUGGACCAGGCCAGGAGGCAGAGCAUGCCGAUGGCCACCAUACAGAACGCCAUCAGGCUGGCGGUGAACGCGAAGGCGGACACGAAGGAGUGUCUGCUGGAGGUGAGCGGGCCCGGGGGCUCGGUGAUCCUGGUGCUGCUGCUGACGGACAACUUCCAGAAGGCCAAGUACGAGAUCACGCCGGUGGUGCGCAAGUCGCGCGUGGCGACGCUGUCGGAGGGGGGUCGCUGGCGACACGCCUUCGACCUGAGGAGCGUGGUGGAGGUGCUGCAGGAGCCGCACGUGUCCCUGGAGACGGCCGUGGAGCACGCCAUCCAGGCGGGCGCGGAGGACGUGGACCAGGUACAAGUAGACGAGGCCACCUCCGUCCUGCAGUUCUCGUGCGCGCUGGGGCGGACUCGACACGUGGAGCUGGAGCUGGGCAAGCUGCACUACAAGGUCCUCUUCGCGGGACAGAAGUACAUUCCCCGCACAUUGGUGGAGCUGAGGGAGGAGGACAUGGAGGCACUGAGCAUCAUGUAUCAGAAGAUAGAAGACUAUCCAGAUGUCAUAGCAAUUUAUGACAAUAUAGCUUGAUGUUUGUUACACUAUAGCAAUAUAGGUACUAUAUACACAAUAUAGCAGUUGUUUGUUAUCAUUCGGUACUGUCGACAGUAGCAUUAUCUUAAGGUUCCAUACUUUACACACUAAUGAUGAUUUUAAACAGGUUGCAGUUUUAAAUGAAGGUGAAUCAACCAACAAAAUAAGUCUUGUGGCAUCUACAAUUUAACCUAGGCCUACACUUUGUUAUUUUCCUUCUGGGAUGUACUAUUGCUAGCAGUUUUUUUUCUUUUCUUUUCUUUUAAAUUAUUUUAUUUUCCGCUGGCUUUAUUGAGUCAGCAUAAUCUUAGGACAAAUUUAUGUUGUGUUGGAUAUGAAGCUUAAUAUCUAUUCUCGUGUAGUACCUUCUGCACAUGCAACAGUCGUCUUUUGCAUUAGUUCUUACUGAUUUCCUCGGUCUUCAUUGCUUUCUCCACAGUUAAGAAUCUUAAAAUAUGAUAAUAAAAAAAACCCUCUGUGGGAUGACUAAAGGCCCUGUCACACAGUCAAAUAUUUGUCUCCAAUAUAUUAUUUGACAAUAGAGUUGGAGGGUUAGUAUUGGAAAAAAAAUGGCUCCCAAUUAUCUCCAUCAGAUAAAUUUGGCCAGUUAACCUCAAAUAUGUUUUAAAUCAUGUCACACUAUCAACUUUUUUUUUCGUUUGAGCAUUCUCAACAUUAUCAAUUUUUAUUCAUAUUAUUAUUUUUACAGUGCAGAAUGGAAUUUUUGGACUUAUUUUUUUUAAGUAUAUUACAAUUUUCAAAACAUCAAUAAAUUUAACCCACAAUAAUACCUGUUACAUAAUAAAAUUAAUGUUGUCAUUUUUUAAAAGAUAUGGACACACAUUUCUUGUUUACACAUAACAUUAUUUCGCACAGGACAGUCAUAUUAACAAUAUUAGUGAUCUCAUUUCAACUUUAUAACCUCUUUAAUGUGUUCUUCGCCAUUUUAAAGAUUUGUUGCGACGGAAACAGACGUUUUACCAUUUUCGCUAGGCAUGACUUUGAUUGGCUGAUUGUAUGCAACAUCCGACCUGUCUUGUGUGUAAAAUAUUUGAUGGAAACUCAAGCCAUCCAACUUGUCACACAAACAUGACUGCGCUAGUGGUGUCAUAACCCUCCAACUUUAUUUGACGCAACAUGUUGGAAGCGAAUCUUUGACAGUGUGCCAGGGCCUUAAGCAACAUUAAUAGUUCUCAAAAAUAUUUUUUUUAAAAAAGCCCCUUAAGUUAGUUUUAACAGUUACCAUGAAUUGACCAUUGACUUGUGAAAUGGAUGUAUUUUCAAGUUUUCAGUCUGGUUUUAUUAAGCUUGAAUGAGCCAGUGUUACUAAAUGCUGAAGUAUGCGGUAAUGGACGUCACACACAAACUGCAUGCUAGGAGAAACAGCUAAUGCAUUGUGCAGGCAGUAGUCACACACUGCCGUAAGUCCAUGUGUGUUUGGCGUGUGCAAAACUGGAUUUAAAAUUAAAUAGCUCAUAAUGUUUCUUACAGUAUCCAUAAAAAAGGGGGUUGUCUGUAAAGUCGGUUAAUGGACGAUAAUUUUACGUGAUAACGUGAGUGGAAGAGAGAUAGUUACGUCACAAGCCGAACGCUUAGGCCGAUGGUGCCUCUCUAUCGCUUGUUCCGCGCUUUCGCUUGCACGCUCGGCUCAGGCGGAACGUGACAAUGAGUCAUGCUUUUUCGUGCGUGCAGCCGGCGUUCAUUGAUUUAUAAGAUGUUAUCACGUCAAAAAUUGUUUGUUUUAGAAAAACUCUUUUACCAUAAUAUGUUGGUCAGAUACAUCAUUCCUGCUCUAUGCUGGUUGUCAUAGAAUAGCCCCAGGAAUGGACAAAAAAAUGACUACAUAUAUACACACACACUGCAAACAAGCCAAUAUUAGCUGAUGUUUAGACAACAGAGAGAAUUUCAUGGAAGGAACUUAUUCAGAAAAAAUGACAGCACUGACACAGUAAACUGAUAAGGCGACAGUUGCUACCAGAACAAUAAAUACAGAAAAACAACACUCCAGGCCACCAGAGAAUACGAAAUCAGCAAUGAAACUAAACAGUCAUUGAAAGCCUACUUUGUUCAUCAGUGUUGUGAAAUAAAGUGUUAUACAGUUUAUCCGAUUUAAGUUACAUAUCAUGUAUCCAAGUUUAUGCAUUCAUCCUGAUGGUAUUGGCCUUGUGGUACAUGAUGCUUUUUGCUUUAACUUAGGCUACUUUAACUUAUAGGCUACAUCCAAAUAUAGACAUCUACACCUAUCAACAGAGGAAAGUUAGGAUCGAAAUAUCAAAAUAUGAAAGUAAAAUUAUACUAUCUAGCGAAUUAACUUUAUUUAAAAUUAAAAAAUCAAUAACAAAGUUUCAAUGCUGCAAUAAUUAUAGAUUGCGAUACCAAUACAAUACUGAUAACGUCACCAAUAUGGCAUCGCUUACGUCAUUACCACCCCUACUAACGGGAUAAGCAGUUUAUUAAAUAGUAAAGUAUUACUAUAGUUGAUGUGCAUGGCUAGCUAAAGCAUACUUGGUAAUCUUAAAUUACAUCAAACCAGAACUGCUAGUUGUCUGGUAGUGUGCACAUUCGAGAAGUCUUUGGCUAAUGGCCUUAUAUCAGUAAAAGACAGUUUGUUAUAAAAUAUUUGUUCAUCGAAAGAAUAGGUUCUGAAAUGAUUUUAUAACGAAAAUAUUGUAUUUUCACAGUGUCAGUAGGUAUAGUUGAACAUGAAGCUUUGUUGAUGCUUGAUAUCGAAGACUACAAAGGAAACAAAAAAGUUGCUUUAAAUAUCCGCCCAUAAACAAUAAUCACGUAGAUGCAUGGCAGUUUUCCUUUAUAGAUUUUAUGAUCACAACAUAAUGUGUGUGUGGUUGCUUGAAAAUUGCAACUAAAUAGUUAUAGUUAAAUUAAUGGUGCUCAUUAAAAAUAUCAGUACUCAAGCAGACUCAAAGCUUCAUUGAAAGUAUUCUUUUUAAACACUCCAAACUUCUUCCUCAAAGGUACUUAUUUAAUUAAUGUGUCUGCUGGCCUGGUGCGACUGGUGCCUGGGAGGACUCCUGGUCUGGGGCAUGGGUGCAGUUACUGGCGAGUCCUCGCAGGUAAUGAAGUCGAGUGGGGCGGGAGGGCUUGAAUGCUUGAAUGCUUGAAUGCAGGUUGGGUAAACUCUUCGCUAGAAUCACAGAAAACCCUGUAUCUCGAAAUUCCAGAAUCAUGCCAAGAAUGUUUGUUAAAUUUCUCAUAUAAGAAUUGUACUCCAUUCGUUCAUCCGUCCGCUUCCCUCAAGUGCAAGGCUAAAUAAGUUAGCAUAUCACUGUCUGGUCCUUGAACAAAUUGAAAAAGAAAAAAAAACUCAGCUUUAUUUUCAUUUAGUCUUGCUGAGAAUGAUGGUAAUUGUUCCAGGCGUGCUGCUGUUAGCCAUCACUGUUGACUGAGACAUGGCAGAAGUAUCGUAAAGAAGUUGGCAGGACUGGGGCUUGCUUACAGUUGCGAGUUGCGCUCAGCUCGUGGACACGUUUGUGCAAGACAGCUCGUCAGUCAGGGAGGUCGUAGUUGCGAGUAGGGCCGUGCUUCGGGAGAUUGCUGGCAAGCACGCUAGCUAGUCAGCGCGGGAGGUCGUUGUUGUGAUUGGAGUUUGACGGCACCCACACUAACUGUCAGUCUGGGAGCAUCAAAAGAACCCAUUUGUAAAGAAAUAGGAAUGUUUUAAUAUAAUCAAAUUUCAAUGAUUAAAUGCUUGAAUUGUAACGAAAUAAAUCAAAGGAAAGAACUGAAAUGUGUGGAAAUGUUACUUUGCGAGUAGGGUCAUGCUUCACAAUAUUGUUGGCACCCAUGCUAGCUUGUCAGUCAGGAAGGUCUUAAUUGUGAGUGGAGGUCUUUCUUCAGGUAAUUGCUGGCACAAGUAUUUGCUUUACAGUCAGGGACGUUGUAGUUGCUUCAGGAGAUUGCUGGCUCCGUGGAGAAAUCUCAACACAGAAAAUUAUAAAUAUUGAUUUGUUUUUUAACUUCAACCAUAGAAUUCAAAUAUUUUACUCUUAAUGCAUUUUGUAUUUGUAAAAUAUUUUUUUUGUAGGUAGUCUUAAGUAUUGCUCUAUAAGCAUUGUCAGGUCAGUACUUACCGAAUUGGUUUGUGCUAGGAAUUUCUAUUAAUAAAAAAAAAAAGACGAUGGACUCAAAGUUUUUUCGUUUGGAACAUUCAGUCAUUAAGAGAUCAACAGAAACACUGGUGUUAAGAAGACUAUACAGCAUUAAAAAUAUUUGAUUGAAGUGACAGAUAUUGUGACUAUGUAUUGUAUAGUGCUGUGGAAUAUAUUAUUUUGUGAGUGUUAAGGUGGAUAUGUGGUGAACUGACCUACACGUCGUAAUAAGUUUACCAGUUUAACUGACGUUGAUAAAAAUGCUCUGGUGAAAGUUCAUCCCAAACUGCAUUUAAGACCCGAUAUCCAGUGAGACCCAGUUCCGAUUGGUUUACUAAGUAAAAGAAGAGGCGAGAACUACUUACCUUUAUCCAGCGACCAGUCGGAGAAUCAUCGGCAGUCGCAGUACAGAAUUUUGAAUCCUGUGUGUUCUGCUGCAGCGGAAAGAUACCUGCUCUUGAAGAGUAGUCACACCCUGUCUCGAGCUUCGUCAGAUCCCAGGACUAUUGUCGUUGUAGUGUGGCGGAGACCAGUCUACUCACCAUCGACCAACGGCGAGGACUACCAAUUCCAAAAAGUAGGAAUUAAGGUGUUCCUAAGAGUAAUUGUGGAUUUUAAAUAAGGUAAAUUGUGUUACGUUGUUACUUGUGUAGCGGUAUUAUGUGGUUUGAGUGAUCUUGUGUAGUGAUGGAAUGCUUUUAGCUAACAUUCAAAUGAAGUCUCACUUUAUCUUCUGCUUUAUUUCCUCAUAUUAAAUUUUUACUUUUUUUGUGACCUA